AGGGCGUGUCCCCGGCCCCGGCCAGUCCUCCAGGCGUCCUCCGGGCUCUCCGGAAACGCUGUGGCCUGCAGGCUCGGCAUGAGGCCUGGCGCGGCGUGCAGAGCCCUGCUGGGCUGCCUCUGCUUGGCCCUUUAUUGUCUGAGCGCUGCUUUUAAGUUCUCGAGUGACACCCAUGAGUGGAAAAAACUAAUCAUGGUUCAACACUGGCCUGAGACAGUAUGUGAGGAAAUUAAAAAUGACUGUAGAGACCCUCCAAAUUACUGGACAAUUCAUGGAUUAUGGCCCGAUAAAAGCGAAGAAUGUAAUCGAUCGUGGCCCUUCAAUUUAGAGGAGAUUAAGGAUCUUUUGCCAGAAAUGAAGGCGUACUGGCCUGAUGUAAUCCAUCAGUCUCCUAAUCGCAGCCAUUUCUGGAAGCAUGAAUGGGAGAAGCAUGGGACCUGUGCUGCCCAGGUGGACGUCCUCAACUCCCAGAAGAAGUACUUUGGCAGAAGUCUGGCUUUGUACCAAGAGCUGGACCUGAACGGUGUGCUCCUGAAGCUGAGGAUAAAGCCAUCCAUCAAUUACUACCACGUUAGAGACUUUGAAGACGCCCUUACCAGAGUAUACGGAGUGAUACCCAAAAUCCAGUGCCUCCCGCCAAGACAGGGUGAGGACGCACAGACAAUAGGUCAGAUCGAGUUUUGCCUGACCAAGGAGGACCAGCAGCUGCGCAACUGCUCUGAGCCAGGGGGGCUGCUGCACCACACACAGGAGGCCUGGCUGGCCAGGGCUGCUGAGAGCCGGGGGCUGAGGGUCUGUGAAGAUGGCCCAGUCUUUUACCCCCCACCUAAAAAGAGCAAGCGCUGAUGCCCAUAUAAAAAAUAAUUAUGUUUUAAAGCACAAGAGACAUUCACAAACCACUGCUUUCUGAACACUCCAAAAUGAAGCCUCUUGUUUCUAAUUCUUUCAUAAAUAGCAAGCCUUUUGUUGGUUUGCUUUUUUUUUCCUUUAAUACUUGUGAAUCGAUUUUUGUUCCUGUAGAAAUGGGCCGGAUGUGGAGCUGGUGGAGAGAAAGGGGCCUCCCACGCCUGAGGCUGCUUUGUGUGUGUGAUGGAGCGGUCAUUGUUGAGCCCCUCAGCAUCUUAGAAGAUCACACAGGGGCCUCAGCGUCCGGGGGCAGGGUGCGGGCUGAGGGGACUGUCCUACCUGAGUGUUCCUCCCAGAGCCUUUGCCCCCGUGUGAGGUCUCCCUGGGAGAGGGGCUUAGCUCACGUGGGAGCCCAGGCUGGUGCCCCAGUGCCCAGGGCUGCUCUAGCUCAGGGUUGGGUUCCACAUGGCCAGAGACCCCAGGACAGGGUCCUCUUGUCAGCAUCUCCCUUGAAGCAGGCGCAGGCACGUCCUUGGAGGAGGACAUGUUCUCCUGCUCCCAGGGGAUUGAGUCCCAGAGCAGCCACCCCGCUGCCCCAUCCAGUCAGUGAUGCCCUUCUGGGUCACUCUUGUUCUCUGUGAAAGACGCAGGUUGGUUUCUAUCAGGCCUGGCUUCUCAGAAUGCCGCCGGGUCAGCCUGCUAGUGAGUAUUUAGAAAUGGAAAUGUGGCCCCAAGUGCAACCUGCCACCUUCAGGUGGUGUGUUCUGGAACCCCAGAAGCCUGCUCCUCCUGGGCACAAUAGCACGGCUCUCCCACCAGUGACGCUGCCUCGGGCGGCGGGAUUUCACCCAGACAGGGAGUGGGUCUGGGCAGUGGGCACUCUCUGUGCCUUAUUAAAACUACCUUUUACCAUUGG